UAUGGCUAAUGGAAAAGAUAAACUUGCUGAUCAUGCUCAAGUAACAACGAUAUAUGCGUCUAAGAGAGCUCUUGCUAAUGAACAAGAAAAGAUUGUUGAAUUGAAAUGGAUAAAACGCGAAAAAAUUGGUAGUGGUUCGUUUGGUGUGGUUUUUAAAGCUCAAUUAAUUUACUGCGGUGAUACUAAAGUUGAUAAGAUCAUUGCUAUAAAGAAAGUUCUUCUAGACAAACGAUAUAAAAACAGAGAAUUACAAAUUAUGAAAGAUCUUACGCAUAUAAAUUUGAUUAACUUACUUUAUUAUUAUUAUACUCACGGCGAUAAUUCAAAAGAACUUUAUCUGAACUUGAUUAUUGAAUAUUUACCUUACACGCUUUAUCAAACUAUACGAGUUUAUGCAAAAAGGGAAAGAGCAAUGCCAUUGAUUUGGAUAAAAAUUUUUACUUAUCAAUUAUUCCGCGGUUUAGCAUAUUUGCAUAGAUUAAACUAUUGCCACAGGGACAUUAAACCUCAAAAUUUACUAAUUAACGAUGAAACGGGAAUUUUAAAACUUUGCGAUUUUGGUUCUGCAAAACUCCUUGAACCAGGAGAAGCUAGUGUAGCGUACAUAUGUUCAAGAUAUUAUAGAGCUCCCGAAUUAAUGUUUGGAUGCGUAAAAUAUACAACUCAAAUUGAUUUAUGGUCAGUAGGUUGUGUAAUUGGAGAGAUGAUGAUAGGUCGUCCUCUAUUUCCCGGAAACGAUAGUGUUGAUCAGUUAGUGGAGAUAAUCAAAGUUUUAGGUACUCCUACCAAGGAAGAUAUUGAUCAAAUGAAUCCCGAGUUUCGUGAUUUUCGAUUUCCACAAAUUACUCCUCAUCCUUGGAAAAGAGUUCUACUUUCAGACUCUACCAGAACCUAUUCAGAAAUUGUUCCUUUUAUUGAAAACAUACUAGUUUAUCCACCGAACAAACGAAUUACAGCAGUAGAAGCGCUUGGUUUACCAUUUUUCAAUAGUUUAGGUUCGCAAGAGAUGGGUGACCCAAACCAAAUUGUUGAGAGAUUAAUACUUGAUCAAUCAUUAAGUGUAUUUCAAUCGAAUAGAACCGUAAUGAUACCAAAACUCUUUGACUUCAAUCAAGAAGGUAAUCCAAAUUUAAGCCAUGUUUUUUUUUUAAGACUAUACUGUAUAUUGUACAUUUUCUAUAAGGUAAUUGUUUUCUAUUAUGCGAUUUAUUCCCCUAAAAACAGAGAUACAAUCAAUCGAUGA